GCAGAGCAGUGCUGAACUUUGAUGCUGCUUCUGAAUGCAGCCGAUUCAUAGAUUGUUUUUAAAUUGCAUUCAUUUGUUGUGGUGAAUUUGUCCGCUGCAUUUUCAUCAUGUUUCAAGCCUCCAGCCGGCAUCAAUUCGUUUAAACUUCUCCUCUUGCAACUUUGAAGACUAUUAAGAAGACCAUCGAUAUGACUGAGGAGAGCAAAGCCGAACACAGAGCCGAAAGUGGGAAAGAUUUAGAGAAACAGCUCCGUUUGCGAGUUUGUGUUUUGAACGAACUUUUGAAGACCGAACGGGAUUAUGUUGGGACGCUGGAGUUUCUCUCGGUACUUCUUCAUCGCCUCAAUCAGUAUGCUGUGUCUAAAAUUGAUAAGAAUAUCACAGAGGAAACUGUCAAGGUGCUGUUUUCUAACCUGGAAGAGAUCCUGUCUGUGCACAAGGACUUCCUGUCCAUGGUUGAAGAGCUUCUGCAGCCCGACCCCAACCCGUAUCAUGAAGUGGGACGCUGCUUCCUGCACUUUAGAGGAAGGUUUCAGAUUUACGACGAGUACUGUGGGAAUCAUGAGAAAGCCCAGAGGCUUCUGCUGGAGCUCAAUAAGAUCAGGACAGUACGCACGCUUAUGCUGAACUGCAUGUUGCUGGGCGGCAGGAAGAACACAGAGGUUCCUUUGGAGGGCUACUUGGUUGCACCCAUCCAGAGGAUCUGUAAAUAUCCAUUACUCCUGAGA